AUGGAACGACAUAGAGCACCUCCUGAACUAACAGGUGACAACUAUGCGUACUGGAAGGCCCGCACCAAAAUUCAUCUACGAGCUCAAGGGGAGAAGGUUUGGAGGGCUGUUCUCACUGGUUGGUCUCAUCCUACCAAAGAUGGAGACAAUACAGGAGAUCCUCCAGCCUUCAAACCAGAGGAAGAAUGGACAGAGACUGAGAUAACUACCGCAAGCUACAAUCAUAAAGCGUUAGAUACUAUAUUUUCUUUAAUGCAUGAGAGUCAAUUUACCAUUGUUGCAGGGUGUGAUUCGGCUAAAGAAGCUUGGGAUGCCUUAGAAACUACCUAUGAAAGAACUGCAUCGGUUAAACAAUCCAAACUUCAAAUGGUUCAAACCGACUUUGAAGAUCUAAAGAUGAAAGAUGAUGAAACCAUAGUGGAUUUUCAUGCUCGGGUACAAGAACUAGCCAAUAGGGCAAGCAUUCUAGGCGAACCAAUCACUCAAGAAAGACUCGUCAAAAAGAUUCUUCGCUCACUCCCUCCAAGGUUUCGAAUGAAAGUCACAGCCAUUCAGGAGCACGAUGGAUGGGAAAAGAAAACGGUACAACAAUUGAUGGGGAGCCUACAAACUUAUGAGACGAAAAUCUUAGGCGGACCUGAAACAAAAGGAAAAACCGUAGCAUUCACUGUAGAAGACGCUGGAGCAGUUUCUGAUCCAGAUGAGGUAAAACAAAGACAAACUGGAAAACUUGGCAAGUUUCAAGGUAAAAAAGGAUCAGGAUCGAGUGCAAAUCGAAACAAUCAAAGAUCAAACUCAUCCAGCCAACGACCAGGUGCAUCUAGGAACUCUCAAUCUAAAGACAAAACCGGAGGCAAAGGGAUCAAAUGUUAUGAAUGUGAAGGGUAUGGCCAUGUGCAGGCUGAAUGUCCAACCUAUUUGCGAAGAAAGAAGUCAAUGAAAGUUGCCCUUACCUGGAGUAAUGAUGAUGAACCAGAAACUGAUCCAGGUUUUGAUCCAGAUGAGAUCUCCGGAAACUUUGUUGCCUUUACAGCUCUUACAACUACAGUUAGCAUUCUAGAAAAUGCCAAAAAGGUGUAUCUAUCCAAAAUAUCAGACAGGGACAGCAUCAUUGAAGACAGUCUCAAGAAAGAAGAAACUCUCAAACAUGAGCUGGAAGAUCUCAAAAAGGAACUGGAGCAACUCAAACGCAAGAUAAAAAUGAUGGACAACACAUCCACUUUAGACCAAAUUUUAGAGUCUGGACGAAAGAAAUCUACAAAAUAUGGGUUAGGCUACUCUGGAGGAAAGGACAAAGCGGCUACAAUUUUCGUCAAAGCCUCAGGCCCUGACCCAGUCUCUGGAGCCGAUCAAGAUAUUCCAGAAACUAGUAUAGCUCGACGUCAAGUCAAAUUUGCUCAAAGAAAAAAUUCAAUCAAGAUUAGAAUAUAUAAUCCUAUAUGUCAUUACUGCAGGGUACGCGGACAUACAAAACCGGAGUGCUUCUACUUCUACAAAGACCAACGUUUUGAGAAAUACACAAACAAGUCUAUCACUCCUUUUAUCAAGCAAAUUUGGGUGAAGAAAAGUGACUUUGUCUGUCAUGUCUCUUUCCACUCUACGAGUACUAACAGAAAAGAGAGAUGGUACUUCGAUAGUGGAUGCUCGCGGCAUAUGACGGGUGAGGCUAAGUUUCUAAACAAUAUAAAGGGAAGUACAGGAGAAGUAACUUUCGGCGAUGGUGUUAAGGGAAAGAUCACUGGAAUUGGCACUCUAAAUGUCACAGGUCUACCCAAACUCAAACAAGUUCUCUUGGUGGAAGGUUUGCAUUCAAAUCUGAUUAGUAUCAGCCAAUUAUGUGAUCAGGAGUGGAAAGUCUGCUUUACAAAAGACAGCUGCAACGUCACAGACUGCAAAAAGAACUGUGUCAUGGAAGGUCCAGCAUAA